AACGGCCAUGGCCACCCGUGUGCAAACACUAGCUCUUCUUCCCCUGUUCCUUCUCUUCUCCCCUGCGCCCGCAGCUGAUAGUAUCAGCGCGACCUCUCCCGUCGCCGAUGGCCAGACGCUCGUUUCUGCCGGUGGAGUCUUCGAGCUUGGGUUCUUCACCCCGCCGGCCUCGACGGCGAGGUUCUUGGGCAUCUGGUACAAGGGCAUCGCUCCUCUUACUGUUGUCUGGGUCGCCAACCGGGAAGCACCCAUCACCGGCACCGCCGCGAGCUUGGCCAUCAACGGCACCGGCAGCCUGGUACUCGCCGAUCGGUCGGGACGUCCGUUCUGGUCCUCGGCGCGGUCGAACGUAACCAGCAGUACUCCGGUGGCCCAGCUCCUGGACAGCGGCAACCUCCUGCUUCAAGACGCCAGUGGCACGGGGUCGGUUCUGUGGCAGAGCUUCGACUACCCGUCCGACACUCUGCUCCCGGGUAUGAAGCUCGGGUGGCACCUGGCCACGGGGCUCGACCGCUAGCUGACGACGUGGGCGAGCCCCGGCGACCCGUCGCCUGGCGACUACACGUUCGCGAUCGACAUCCGCGGCGUGCCGGAGGGGUUCAUCUGGUACAACGGCACGGCGCCG